AUGUUUUCUUCUAACACCAGGGAAAGGUCGACACAAACAACCAAGAAACGAGGGACAAGAUCAGUAAGAACGCAGACUCAAAGUCUAAAGGCAUCAACAUCAUCGCAUUUUGAAACAAAGUCUGCAGUGGGAUAUCUGUCUACCUCAAAAGUGCAACCGGUAGAUCCUCACAAAUACCAUGGGCAUGGGCAUGUCGACACGGCAGAGCCAACAUGUGAACCUUCAAAAACAGAAGUUGACGUGGAAAGCAUUUGCAGCUGUUCAAGCGAGGAGUCCGUAACUCAAGAUGACUUCGAGGAGUCAACCACUGCAAGCGACGAAAGCAGUGAGGACGAUGAACGAACAGUUCUAAAAGCACAAGACCAGAUCAAAUUAUUAUUUUUGAACAAGCUAUUCUUGAUGUUUUUGGUAAAUGCAGUCAUUGUGAUUCUUGAUUGUGUUGUGUCAAUUGAAAACCAAAUUGGGUCAUCAUGCUCCUCGUGCACGGCUGAAAAUGAACAUUAUUUUGAAUGGACAACUGGCCCUUCUUUGUUCAAAAUGCCUGCAUUUCAUCUACUGUUAGCAUCUGGUAUUCUCGUGACAGGAAUGGAAUCAGCGAAAGUUCUGCGACUAUUUAAUGUGUUAAAUAUACCAAAUGUUAAGAGACAACAAUUGUCCAAGAUCUUGAAGAAUUAUGUUGUUACCGCAGUUUACAAAGUUUGGCAAGUGGAGCAAUCUGCGAGACUAAGAGAGAUUGAGGAUGAACCCACUAUAAUCGUGUCGGAUAUGCGUGUUGAUAGUCGUGGUCAUAGUGGUCUAUUUGGCUCGGGAAGCACACUGGAAAUGAAGAGGAAUGCUAUAUUGGAUACCCAAGUAAUAAAGGUAAGAAAUAUAUAGAACAAAUUAAUGAAAUAAAUACUAUAUUAUGAUAAAAAGACAUUUUAUUCAAAUGAUUCAGUAUGCUCUGCCAUAUGCAAACAACCUAAAUUAUUGAUCUCAGUUGAUUUCUACCAGGUUAGACACUAUACAUCUAAAACUGGCUUUUGUCUCUACAAGCAUAAUGACUAUAGCAAUUUCAUAACUUCUUUUUUACAGUCAACAGAGGUAAAAAAUUCUAAUGCCAUGGAGCUUGAAUUUCUAAAGAGGCAACUGAAAUGCUUAGAGGACAAUAAGGUUCAAGUGGCCAAGUUGGUGACGGAUCCUCAUAUUCAAGUCUCAUCAUACAUGGCAAAUGAGAAACCAGAUAUUGGGCAUUCUUAUGAUAUCUGGCAUGUUGCAAAAGGUAUACAAUAAUAGGAAUAAUGCAUAUUAGUAUACUACCAGGUUUUUGCGACCCCAGAAUAAAAAUCCCAUGUUCAAUCUGCUUGAUUGUACCCUGGGUGCCAGAGCCUCCUGUGAUAGGAGUGAGGACAUGACGAGGAGGCUCUGGUCACACGAGCAUCCAGCCUCACUUUGGUGAGUUCAAUAUUUUGAACUCUGUUUGUGAUUGGUCAAUAUUUAUGCAAGUCUUUUUAUUGGUUAACCGAUGAGCGUCAGUUAAUAGCAUAAAUUUAGACCAAUCACAAACAGAGUUCAAAUAUUGAACUCACCAAAGUGAGUCUGGAUGCUCGUGUGACCAGAACCUCCUUGUUGUGUCCUCGUUCUAUCACAGGAGGCUCUGGCACCCAGGGUAGCUUGAUUGUGGACUUGGUAGGAUUUUUUACUUUAUAUUAGUGAUAAAAAGAUUUUUACACUUAUUUCAUAUUUUGAAGGUGAAAAGAAGAAAUUGAUAAAAGUUACAAAGAAAAAGAAAUUUAGGUCAAUUAAACCUUGGAUUGGGGUAAGUAAAUAAAUACACAAUUAUGACUAAAAAAACGUACAUUUGAGUCAAAGCCGUUAAUUAGUACAUUUUUAUUUUUAUUUAAUUUGUUUUUGUUGUUUCAUUUACAUGACAGUCAAUUGUUAAUCAUAUCUAUUGGGUUGGUGACUUGAGUUCAACUGAAGAUGAAAGAAAAGAAAAAUGGCACAGCAUUCUGAAUCAUAUUGUCAACAUUCACAAACAUGAUGGCCAUAAGAUCUUUGUUGAAUGUCUUCAUGGAACACUUGAAAGAGAGUGGCUCAAACAGGGUACAGUUGCUUAUUAGGAUCUUUAAGCCCACAGUUCAUCAUUUACCAAGUUUAUCUUAUUUAAUUAUAUAAAGUAUAGUGCUUUAUAGAAAUUUCCAGGCUUGAUAAAACGGAUAAUCUCACACAUGAGAUUAUUUAUGAUAAUCUCACAUGUGAAAAUUAUCGCUUUUCGAUUAUGACUUUUCUGUGAAAAUAAUCGCUUUUCAAAGACUGUCCUUUAUAUAAUAAACAUAAAAAUACAUGGAUGUUUGGAAAUACCAGAUUUAUUUUGAAUGUUGAAGAUGAUAUAAAAUUGUGCCCCACUGUAAUCUGGCCCAAAUGCUUAAAGACUAAUGAAUAUAAUGGUAUACUAACUUAUAUUUACAGGAUCAGCUUCUUAUAAAAAGUUGGAGGAGAUGCUAACAAGACCUCGUCUUAUCACAGCAAUUAGGAAGCUAUCGCAAUACCACCAGACAUCUGGUCUGGAAGCCAAACAUUCUCUGGACAAUCAAUUUGCUUCAAAGAACACAUACCAUUCCUAUCAUUCAGUGAGUUUCCUUGCUUGAUAAUGCGCAAUAACACCUUUUCCAGAAAACAUUCUCACCCCCCCCCAGCCCUAUGAAGGAAGUUAGAAGGCAACCCCUAACAUAUUUAGAGAUGCAUCCUAAUACAUUAUGAUUAGAAACAAAUUUCUCUCCCCUAGCCCUUCUGGUAGAAAUCCCCUCUGUAAGAGGAUUACGAAUCUCUGUGGAACUACCCACUAUGCGGAAAAGUCUUAUAUUAUUGCAGCCCCCUGUUUAAUACAUAAUCACUAAAGUUACAGGCCACUAACAUAAUAUACAUAUGGGAUGCUUAUUAUUUUUGUACAAAUAUUAAUGUUUUAAUAGAUUGUACUGUUCAAACUUGCACUACAAUGAAAACAGCAACAGGAAACAAGCAACAACUGCGGAUGGAAAGCUAAGAUGGGCAAUUUCCUAUCCAAAGGCAUUUAAAGGGGAAAAAGCAGUUGAAAAACCAGUAAAGGAAAAGCCCACUUAUGGUAAGAAAUCCCCUCCCCAAAGAUCUCACAAGUAGAAUCAUGCCAGUGAAAUAUCUAUUUUUCAAUGCCUAAUAGACCUUGUGCAUAAUGACGUCACAAGGCUUAAUACCUGUGAGGAAUGCUGGUCUUAGCAGUCAUCGCCCGGAAAAAUUAAACAAUUCAAAAUGGCCAAUAUCGAAAUUUUCACGGGCGAUAACUACUAAGACCAGCACUCCUCACGGGCAUCAAGCCUUGUGACGUCAUUAUGCAUAAGGUCUAUUUGUGGGACAAAUAUUUUGUCAAAAUAAGUUAACAAUUUCCUCCUACCCUUGCAAGCAAACAAUCUCAUGAUUUGUAGUGAUACACCCGUAUUCUAAAAGCUCACUCACACUCAAUGAGUGGAGGUUCAGUCUGAGCUGUUUUUGAAUAGCUGGAGGAUGAGUAGUCACAUAGAAAGGUACGAUACUAACCCUUCAGCUAUUUAAAAACAGCACUGACACUCAAGAGAAGCUCAGAUUGAAUCUCCACUCAUUGAGUGUGAGUGAGCUUUUAGAAUACGGGCGAUAGGCAUUUGUAGUCAUACAGAAAUUUACUCCCUACUAUACCCAAUCUAAAAAAGUUUAAUUGUGAGAUUUAAAAUCUUCUCCUUUCCUAGGAUAUAUACAGUUGAUAUUUGAUGAAGUCCUUACAUUAAGAAGUCAGUUCCAAACAAUGAAAAAGGCCAAAGUACAUGCAAAUGUUGUGCUACCUGCUGAACCACAAUCACUUGUUGAACAGUACUUGGAAGGAAAGGAGCGACCAUUGAAGGAACAGGUGGUUUUCCAACAGAAAAUCCCGCUUCAGUACACCAGCCCUACCUACAAACAAAGAUAG